AUGUGCUUCACUCAAAAGACAGUCUUCACCAUCUGCGCUCACUACAUCAUAGAACUCGUCGAGUGCACAAAGUUCCAAAACAAUCCAGACAAGACCGGUCGCCACGCCUGCAUCGUGCCCCUCUGCCAGCACUCGCAAGCCCUAGCUACCGCCUUCGGCUUCUGCAAUGCGUGCAGGGCUGCCUACGUCGGCCUGAACGUCUCUUACCUAAACGCCACCAACAUCUUGUUGAAUUUCUGGAGCUUCAAAGCGGCCCAGAAAUGGAACUACGCCGUAGACCCGUCCCGUGUACCUGUCAUGGCCCUCAUGAGCCCCACAAAGGUGCUAUGCAAAUCAUGGUUUGGCUGUGUACAGACUUACAAGGAGGUGGGUUUGGGCAUGGUCAUGGCCCUGUCGGUUCAGUCAUUAAUGAAUGCUCUCGGAGAGCCGGUCACGACGAAAUCCUGCGACUUGUGCCGGGCGAAUCAUUGCAAAGACAUUAAUCGGAUUGCGAUUGGGAUGAGGGAGGCUACCAUCGGUUGGGCGCGUGGUCUUAAGCUCCCCGAGCAGAUCUUCAAGUCGUACGAGGCAUAUCACGGAUCCACUAGUCCCAGCGUCGAGAAGGAGCUGAACCUGACAGCUUGCAAGAACCAAUCUCACGAGACAAGGGCUUCGAGUCAAGUUUCACAGCAACAGCGUGCGCCCCAACCGCCUUCCGCGUCACCAAUGUCGAGCGAAGAUUUCCCAAUGCGUAUCCCCGUGAGAAAAGCGACGCGCCUCGCAAAACGGCUCAACGCAAAGGUGCGGAUGGAAAUAGUCAUCCAGGAGCGUGAAGAGAUGUUCAAAAUACUCGAGGCUGAGCACAAAAGACGAGUCAGUGAACUUCAGGCACAGGUUGACCUAGAUGAGGCGGGCGUUUCCGCAGGCCCGUCGAGAACGAGUGUACACGACACAAGAGUCGGCCCUUCCAAUCCUCCGAAUUUUGUAUACCAUAACCUUACUCGCCACAACGCUCUGAAAACUCCGUCCCCACAUGCAUCGCCGCGGUCUAGCCCUUCUGGAGGAACAUCGGAGGUCUUCAGCGGCACUUGGGAGCGUGAGCCGUUCGGCCAUGUGCCUGCGAACACCGGUUUCGAGCUUUUUGAAUCGCCUCGCAGGGACAACGGUCUCCGUCAUCAAGAGUCCUCGUAUGCGGAUCUUGUCGGCGGGUCUGAUGAGUUUCUGUUCGAGCGGCGGCGGGCUCGGCGGUCGCAGUAUGGCGAGACAGUGAACCACGAAGAGUUUCUUAGUGACAAACGGUUCUCUUUUGGACCAUCCCCGCCGAGCCACUUCGUAGGAGGAGUCCGCAGAGUAUGGCGCAUCGAAGACGAGUUUUCUGGAGGGGAUCACCCAGAAUACCCCCGAAAUGAGUGUCGGAAGAAGAAAGAGUAUCCUAACAAGCAGUACCCCAAGGAUGAGUAUUCAAGAAGCAACAGCUACGGAAGAGUCCACGACACUUGUUUUUAUGAAGACCCGUACUACAAUGAGGAUGACGGAAAUGCUAAUGAACAGGGACAAAGCAUACAGGAAGAUACAAUCGAUGAGCACAUCAACUUUUACCUCGACGAUGACUCACUUUCGAUUUCCGAGCGAGUCCGCCCCUUGACCUACAUAUCACCACAAGGAUCGCAUCACAGUUCUAGGCCUUUGUCUCCACAAACGCCCUCGCCCCCGAGCCUUCGCAACGCGGAUGCACUGCCAGACAUCCCACCUGUGUCCCCCCUUCACCUCACCGAGUUUAGUUUCUUGGCUGACCUUGCAGAGCGUUCGGUCAAGUCCUCCAAUCCGGCCAGCCGGGAAUGCGACGCAUCUAAUGCUGAGUUUUCCAUGCAGGCUGCGGAUCCGGGGUUAGACGGCGCUCUAGGUGAAGCCACUGUUGGUUCCACUUCUCGGGUGUCGUCGGGUGUGGCCCCACUUCUUGGACCGGAGAUCCGGGCUGUCGCGCCGCCGCGUCCGUCGCGGGGUCCGAUGAUCUGCAUCACUCAUUGUGUCGAGAGGCAGAAUGAUUGCCAAAGAUGCAAGGCGGGGGCAUUGCAUGAGGUUAGUUUAAAGCCUGGAGAGCGUAUGAACUUACCCGAGCCUGAGCAAUUUUGA